AUAUAGAAUAAGGUUAAGAGGGAAAGAAGGGUAGUAUGGUAAACUUGAUAGAAAAUACCAGUUCAUUUAGGCGCCCCAGCAUUUCCUAUCUUCUUUCACAUCUAUAUAACGCUGAAUUCUAAAGGCAGCUGGUUCGCCGUUUGUUCAAAUUUUUAUUUUAAGAAAAGAUUAUGCCUCUUCUUUUAUCUCAUUAAAGAUUAAUGAGACAAAAUUCCCAGCGAAAUUAGAGAUAUUUUUAAAUAAAAAAUUAUCCAUUUUGGCGCAUUCAAAACCCUAAUCUGUAUGUUUGAUCGGAUUUCGCAGCAGUGUUAUCCGGAGUGUAAUUCUUUCUGUCAUUGAUUGUCUGCAGGGAAAGAAAAAGUCAAGACAUUCCCAAACUGCUCCACUCUCUUCAUCUCUCUCUCUCACGGGUAUUCCUUCCUGGUUUAGAAUUUUAUCUGCUUGCUGGCUCAUUUGACCAGAGCUUUGUGGUUCAGUUGACUAUGGAGCAAGAAAAUAACAAAAAUGAAGCUGACACUAAGGUGGAAGACUUGGCAAAAUCAGAAUCAUCUGAAAAGAAAAGCCCUAAUUUAUUGAAAGCCAAAUCUGAUAUUGCAAAGUCAGUGGCUAAGAAUUUCUUGAAGACAAGAAAAGCAAAUGUUACUUCCGAGGUCCAGAGGAAAAGGCCAAAAAAGAAAACCAUGAGCAUAUCAGAGGGCAAUAAAGCAGCUGAAAAUAAUGUUAAGAAGUUAGAUCCAGUGGAAAAAGACCAGCAAAAGGAUGCUACUACGAGUACAGAGUAUGUAGAGAAGAGCCAGCAGAUCCAAAAGAAUGAAGAAAAUACAUGUGCAUCAGAUAGCAAGGAAAAGAUUACCAAGUCAAAUGACGAUCCCAAGAAACAAAGAAAUGGUGUGGGGCCUGGUCUUUCAAAUAAAGAUAAGAAGAAUGAAGAAAAGCGGGAGGGUAAGAAAAAGAGAAAACGAAACGAAAAUAAGGAAAGGCACAGUAAUCCAGUGAAUAAUAACAUGAAUGAUGAAAAGCGUGAGGGUAAAGGAAAGAAACAAGAAAUUAAAAAGAAAGAAAAGAUUGAUGGUCUAAUAUUCAUGUGCAAUGCUAGGACCAAGCCAGAUUGUUUCCGAUACCGUGUAAUGGGGGUAUCAGCUGGUAAAAAGGAUCUUGUGCUGGGUAUCAGACCAGGGCUUAAGUUAUUUCUCUAUGAUUACGAUGUCAGGCUUCUUUAUGGUAUUUAUAGGGCUACCUCUUCUGGUGCUAUGAAACUUGAGCCCAAGGCUUUUGGUGGGGCUUUCCCUGCUCAGGUGCGGUUCAGCGUCCAUUCUGAUUGUUUUCCUCUGGCAGAGAACAUUUUCAAGAAGGCUAUCAAGGAAAAUUAUGAUGAAAAGAACAAAUUCAAAACUGAACUUACUGCUAGACAAGUUUGGAAGCUCACAGAACUUUUUCGACCAGUUCCAGUUCAUUCAACUGCACUACCUUUUCACUCCCCAUCAAGGGCAGCAGCUCGAAUCAUUGAACACCCUGAAAAAAGGGAAGCUCAUGAUAGACCAAGGGAAGCAAGGCCCUCGUCACACAGAGAAGCAUCUGUUAGAGACCCUUAUUCUAAUAUCAGUGCUAGGAAUUAUGCUGGUUUUCCUCAUGAAAGGAAUCAGCGAGUGGGAUAUGGAGAGGUGGCAUAUAAUAAGAGGGAGGAUGGCCAUCGUGAUUUAUACCUCAGUGAGAAGGAAUACAGAACUUAUGGUCUUCUGGGGGAGAGAAGAAACUUGACUCCACAGCAUCAUAUCACUCCUACAUUAACAUCUUACCUGGGAGAUUACAGAGAGCCACCUUUGAGACAACCAGACACUGCAUACCGGGAAUCUGUGCCUUUGCAGAGAGAUGUAGUUCGCUCUGAUCCUCUUCGCUUGACUGAAAGAGAAUAUCGGACUUAUGAUUUGGGCGCAACACGAGAAAUGCAACCGACAGUUUCUGCAGCAACUGCAAAUACAUCUGGCGCUGUUGCUUCUAUCUUGGACUCCUAUAUUGCGGAUCCAUAUUAUGGCCGUUAUUCUGGUGAUCCAUUGGUGGAUGCUUACCUGUCGCGUCCAAGAGAAGCACACCUGAUUGAAACUGAUCAUUUGAGGAGGAUAGAAAGCAACCAAGCAGAGAGAUUGUAUUCUCAAUAUCCUUCUGACGUUUUAGUAGAUCAUAACCGGAUGCAGCGUCAUCGAGAUGUUAACCCUGCAUCUGCUUCUACAUCAGUUUCAUCCCGGUAUUCUUUUGGUGGUGCAUCUUUGCCCUAUCGCUGAGAGCUAAAAGUCCCUUCAUAUCGCUAACCUGGAACAUGUUUCAAAAUUAGUUGACUUCUUUUUCUAUACUGUUUGCGUGCAUGUUGCUGAACUUCAAUAAGCUACUCUGUUAAAUGGUUUUAUCAUAUUUAAUUAGGAUAAAGCAAUUGCAAAUCA